AUCGGAACGAUUGGUAAUAAAUUUCGAAGAAAUGUACCUACGUAGUAUACUUACAUACAUAUCUACCGAUAUCCUCUUGAACUUGCUUAUUCGUUUCUCUCGUCGACUGAACGAAGGACACAUUUGCACUAGUACAAUAUAUACAUACGUACAUACAACAUAUAUAUAUAUAUAUAUAUAUAUAUAUAUAUAUAACACGUAGGUAGAUAGAGAAAGAGAAAGAAACAAUGUGAUAGAAAAAAUAGAGAGAGAAAGAGAGAAAGUGAUAGACACGAAAAAGGAUAGAAGAUAGGAAGAAUUUCUUCUCUCUCUCUCUCUCUCUCUCUUCAACGACUAUACGAAGACGACACGACAAGAGGGAGAUAAAGAGUGAAAGAGAGGGAGAGAUAUUGAGAGAGGGAAAAACGAGACGAUGUAACCUGUUGCCGCGGGGGAGCACUUUAUAUCCAUCCACCUCGUAAACCGUAAUGGUUAAGUGGCAUGUAGAUACGAUCGAGCACGAAUUGAAGAGAGAGAGAGAAAGAGAGAGAGAGAGAGAGAGAGAGAGAGAGAGAAAGAGAGAGAGAAUGAAAAAGGGAGAUAGAGAAAGAUACAGAUAAAGAGAGAGAGAGAGAAAGAGAGACAAAUGGAGGCAAAGAGAGAUAAAGAUAGAGAAAGAGAGAGAGAGAGAGAGAGAGAGAGAGAGAGAGAGAGAGAGAGAGAGAGAGAGAUUAACGUUCUAUACAGUGCGACGUAUGCAAGCGCCCAUAUAAAGGGCUUCACAGGAGGAAUUAUACUCCUUCGUAUAUAUAGUGUUAUUACAUACAUAUGCGAGUCGUACAUUAAAACCGUAUUACGUCGUCGUGUGCGUAGCGUGUUCCGUACGAUUGCUUCGACCGUCUGUAAACUUAACGGGGAAUACAACGUGUCGCGGAAUCGUGUCGAGUUGCACGGAUUUGCGAGUACCAACAUUCACCGGGUCAAGUAAGGAGGAAAGUUCCUUUGGUGGGAGAGGUUCCCCGCUACCUUACCGGAGGACCCUCGUCCUGACUUCUGGUUACAAGGAGAAGGAGCUCUACUAUACACCAAUGCAUUGCGCAACAAUGCACCGCCACCUGCACUCGUUUCGUCACACAGCGGCUUUAAUCGGCUCUCGACGGUACCUGCCUCUGACUCGCAUUACUUUCGCCAAUUAAGCUUUGACGGUCGUCAUUGUGUUUAACUUGAAUAUGAAAUUCAAGUCGCGUUAUUUCAAAUCAACGAUCCGAUUCGAAAUAUGACGGCUAUCGUAAAUUGUAUUAGAACGAAAGUUCACGUGCUCUUUUCGCGUUUCCUUCUUCCUAGCAAAUUUAUUUUUAUUUAUUUCUGUUUCUUUUUUUUUUCUUUUUCUUUUUCUUUCUUUCUUUUUUCCUUUGCGUCUAAAGCUUCCUCGAUCGAUUAAUUUUAUAUUAGGAGACUUUCUUUUACGCUAAAUCGUAAAGAUCGAAAAACGAUCGUACGCAACUUCACGCAUAUCGAUCGUCGAUUUAUUUUAAAUUCGAUAUGAGUAUCAUCAAGGUUAAGUAUUAUGGUAAUAUAUUAUGUGGUAGAAUCGUAAUGUAUUUUUUAUUAAUGGAACGAAUUGUUUAGAACAUGUUUCCAAAAGUAAUGAUGACGAUAACGACGUCGAGAGAAUAUCCAUCGAUAAAGAAGUUUUGGUGAAUAUCGACUGUCCUGUUGGGCUUAUAUUAGAUUAUGUUCGAGAAGUCGCUCGUUUGGAUAAAACUUGUAUACAAAUUUUUUAUAUAUUAAUUUGUAUAUAUAUAUAUCGUUUGGGUCUUUAGAAGGUGAAUGAAUUUUUAGGUAAGAUUGAUUUAUGCGAUGAAUUGAAUUGUCAAUUAAAAAACUUGUCCAUUGCUGAACCAUCUACUUCAGGAUUACAUCUUCUUCAACCGGAUAUCAUCUAUUUUGUAGUUAUCUUUUCAAUGAAAGAUGGUUCGAACAAAUUGGGAACGAAUAUUUUCUUUAAAUGUGUCGUCUCUAACUGACGAAGAGAUCGAAGAUUUAUGUCCUACGAUAAUGCGUUGCAAUGUUGAUGAAAUAUCCGAUAUACACAAUCUUCAAACACUUAUGAGAAUUUCUCAAGAAAUGUUGCAGUAUAAAGACAAUCAAGUAGAAUCUUUACUCAUAGAAUGUGGAGAAUUAAAAAAUACAAUUUCGACAUUGAAACCGGAUGUUACUAAACAGAAAGUUAAAGGUCAGAUCGUAUCUGAUUCACAGUAUGAAGAUAAAAGUUUUAUUAAGUCUUCUGACACAAUGGAAACUGCCAAUCACGAGACUGUAAUACAAGACAAAAAUGAAAAAAUAGAAAAACUAUUGACUGAAUUAGAGGGAUUAGAUAGAGAAAAUACUAUUUUGAAAGAACGAUUAGGAAUGUUGAAAGAAGAAAUGGAGGAUGCAACAGAGAGAAUGAAUGAAAUGACUGAUGAAUUAAGUUCUGCACAAUCGAAAGUCCUCGAAUACAAAGAAAAGAUAUUAGAUUUGGAGCGUGAAAAUAUUGCUUUGCUCAAUCAAAUAGAAGAAUUAACCAAUCAACAAAUGGAUAGAGAUAAAGUAAUAGAUGAAUUUGGAGUAGCAAUAGAUUCUAGAAUAGCGGAAUGGAAGGAAUUAUUAGAUGAAAAGGAUGCGGAGAUACACCAUUUAAGAGAAAAUUUAUCGCAAUCCUUAUUGCAAUCGGUUACAUCGGUUAAAGAAGAAAAUAAAUCGCAGAUAGUAUAUUUAAACGAAGAGAUUAGUAAUCGCGAUAAGAUUAUAACAGAAUUACAAAGUAAACUUUCCGAAGCAGUUACAGAAAUAAAUGAAGGAAGUGCUAUUAUAGAGAAGUUACAAGCCAGUACAAAAAAGCCAGAAAAAGAGGAGAAGAGGAAGGAACAAAAAGAGUUAUUAAAAAAAAUGCAGGAUGCAAGUAAUCAGAUAUCUGAUCUACAAAAUGCAUUGGAUCAAGCGCAGGAGGAUUUAAAAUUAAAGAGCACCGAAUUAUGUGAAGUACUAUCAACUUUAAGAAAGUAUCAGGACGAAAAUCAUGGAUUAACCGAAGCAUUAAAUGAAAUCAAGGAUUUAAAAAAUGAAUUAAAUCAUAAAAGAGAACACAUAGAAGAUCUUGUUAAUGUGGUUAAUAAGUUAGAGAUGUUAAAUUCUUAUCAAGAAAUGGAAGUCCUAGCACUCAGAGAAAAAUUAGGGAUAUCAGAGGAUGAAUCAAUUUCCAUAGAUAAUAUUGUUAAAAAACGUAAAGAAGAAGAGAAAAGGAUGCAAGACCUCGUUCGGCAGAAUAAAAUGUUAAUAGAUGAAAAUCUCGAAAUGAAAUCGACCAUAAGGCUGCUAAAAUCAAGUAGAUCGCGUUUACCUACAAAGAAAUUAGAUUUUUCAAGCGACACCAUAGAUAACAGCACCGACUUUUUGCACUCCACUAAAUUAUUGGAAAUUGCUGGAAAUCAGGUCGUUGAUUUUGAAUCCAUUCAGAUAUAUCAUAAAACUGAUAAAGAUAUUAGAAAACAAAUGCAGCUAGUUAUAGAAGAGAACGAAGCUCUUAGAAGAGGCAUGCAUGAAAUUCUGGACAGUAUACGCAAUCAAGACGGUAAAAGUUCAGUAGAAGUUCAUUCAUAUACUUUGGAAAGAUUAUUGGAGGCAUUAGAUGUAAGACAUUUGGCUGGUUGGUAUCAUCCUGCUAUGAGAUUACAAGAACAUUUGAAUGUUAUACAAGGUAGCAACGCAGAAUUAAGAUCUCAACUUAAACAGAUUAGAAAGGAGCUCAACAGGAAGGACGCUAUAUUGCAAGAUUUAGCAUUGAGUAAAGGAAUAGAUUUAGAGAGAUUAAAUACCGACGAUUCUGAUGAUAACAAAAUAAUGUAUAUCUCUGAAAUAAAAAAUAUAGAAAGUAUACAUCAAAGAGAAAUAGAGGAAAGGGAGAAGGAAAAGGGAUCAUUGAUAGAAGAAAAUAAUGAUCUACGAUAUACGAUCGAUAGUUUAAAUCUUCAAUUAGAAAUUUAUGAAAAGGAUAGGGUGACUUUAGAGACCAGCGAGGACGAAGUUAAAAAAGCUUUUGCGAUUAAAACGAAAGAGUAUGUAGAAGUUGCUAACGAGUUGUUGUUAUUGAAAAGAAAAAUUGUACUUUUGCAAGAGCUUCUUAACGAGGAGUCUGUCAAGACGUAUAAUUAUCAGAAAAAUAUGCUUGAGAAAGAAGGUUCUCUUAAAAGAGCAUUGACCGAUGCUAAUAAACAUAAUAAAAUAUUAGAAUGCGAGAUAAUAAGAUUGCAAAGUAAUUUAUCUAAUUCGAUAAGUAUUACGGAAUAUAGCGAACUAAAAGAGAAAUACGAGGAAUUAAAUAUAAGAUAUCGUUUUGUUCUCGAGAAGGACAGGAUAUUCUUUGAUAAACGUGAAAUUGAAUUAUUAAAGGACGAAUUAGAGCUAACGAAAAAAGAAAAAUCUCAAUUAAUGGAUCUAUUAAAAGAAGAUGUUUCAAAGGAGGAUGAAAAUGAUAUUGUUCGACAGUUAAAGGAUUGCAAAGCUAAGGAAUUGAUGGAAAGGCAACGUGCCGAUCACACGACCAAAUUGCACGAGAUAUCUCAAAAUCAAUUGGCUAAGUGCGAGUCGAAGGUUCAAGAACUGACUAACAUUAAUUGCGAAUUACAAGAGAAAUUGAUCGAGAUACAUAAACAGUUAUCAAAAAUUAUUGUAUCCACGCAAAAUAUUCGAGAAAAUAAUAUCGACGAUUCUGAAUUGUCGAACGACGUAGAGGAAACUUUGAGAAUCGAUAACGACACGUUGAAAAGAAAGCUCGAAAUCGCCGAGGAGGAGGCUAAAUUGCAAUACAUGUUGAAUUCGUUAAAGACGUUGGAAUUAGAUAAUCUGAGACAUCAGAUUUUGGACUUGCAAGCGAUCAGCGAGGACAAGGCUACGAUAUCGAGACUAAAUUUUGAAUUGGCCAGUAAGAAAAGUAAUGAAAUGGAAUUGAACGCACGUAGGUCACAGCUUGAAAGUGAAAUAUCUUAUUUGCAAGAGGAACGUGAAAGAUCGAUGAUAAAUUCUGAUAAGAUGCGAGCCAAUAUGCAAUAUUAUCGAAAGCAAUGCGACGAUCGUUGCAGGACGUACAUAGACGUAAUAGAUUUUUUACAAAGCCAAUACGCAGGAUCAUCCUCUAUUAGCUCGCUCGAUAGAUUAACGUCAAUGGUUGAAAAAUUAAAAACUGAUCGAAUAGAAUUAGAUAUGGAAAUGAAGAAGGCGAAGGAGUUUAGUAAUCGUGUUAUUUCCCAACAGGAAACGUUAACAAAUCGUUUGGAGAUUGUCGAACGUUUGAAAGAUAUAUUGGAAGAACAAAUUGGGGGUGAGAGCGUGCAAGAUAUUUUGCAAAAAUUCUCCGAAAAUUCGCAAUACGUAUUAAAUGAUUUGAAACAAAAACGAAGGAUAUCUCAUUUGGAUAACGAAUUGCAAAUGGCUAAUGACAAAGCCGCGAAAUACGAAUCGAUGAUUACGACAAUGGAGAACGAAAUGAUCAAUAUGCAAAGAACUUGGAAUCGUCAGGGUGAGCAAGCGAUGGUAUCAAAUGAUGUACAGAUUAAAGAAACGAAAACUGACACGGUGGAGAAACGAUCGGUUUUCGUACAAGUUACGAUAGAACUCGAUUCGACGGAGAUACAAACCGAACCAUACGAUUGUUGUUUAAACAAACAACGAGAAGAAUUAGAAGGUAUCGUAGAUACGCCAAAGGAAAAAUCUGUUCGAGAAGCAGGUAACAAUACCGAGGGAACGAAUGAUAUGAAUUCGAUGAUUCAAUUGAACGAACGUUUAGCGGAUGCAUUGAAACUCGCGGCGGAUCGUUCUGAAAUAAUAGCCAAUUACGAAUUAGAAAUGUCGAAUUAUCGAGAGAGAAUAGAUGUUCUUAAUAAAGAAAUUAAAGAAAAACAAUCUGAAUUAACAAAAAGAGAAAUAAAUAUCGUCGAGCCUACGUUAGAUAUAACACCUGUCGCGAGUAUCGAUUGUACCGACAAAUUGGCAUUGAGAUCAACGGUGAACAGUUUGCAAAAGAUUGUCGCACAAAAGGAAGAAACGAUAUUGAGAUAUAAGAAUUUAAUGAAGGAAGAAAGAGAGGAGUAUGUUAAAGUUACGUGUUCCUUGGAAAAGGAAAUGAAAGAUUUGCGUUAUAAAAUAGAAUUGUUGGAAGGUGAAAUGAAAAUCGAGAUAGAUAAAGAGAAAGAAGAUAUUACGAUCGAACCUGUUGUUGACGAUGACCUUAAGAAGAAAAAAUCUGCUACCGUGGAUAAUGCAGCUCGAGAAGAGGAGAUCGCAAGGAUGAGAGAACGAAUAAAUACUUUGGAAGCUGAUUUGCAUAUUACGAAAGAACUUAGUGGUCGAUGGCAUCGAUUGGCAGAAGAGAGAUUGAAACAUAUCGAUCGUAUAAGAGAAAGACUCGAGGAACAACAUAAUACGGAGCUUGAAAGUUAUCGGUCCGAGAUUACAAAGUGGCAAUCGGAAGCUGACACGCUCAGACAACGUUUAUCGGAAGAUCGUGUUGUUCAUACGAAAGGGAAUAUAUCUCUUAUGAAAGAAUUGCAGGAAAAAGAUGACAAAAUACACGAGCUUAGUCUUAAUUGUCAACAAUUGCAGAACGAGAUCGAAUUGUUGGGAGCCACGAAUCGAUCAUUGCCAACACGUGUGAUCGAUCAUCGUGACGAACUUAGAAUGCACGAUAUUGUACCUACUACCCAACGGGAUCAGCCUCAAUCGCAGAAUCAAAUAGAUGUUUUACGUAAACAGUUGCAAUCCCUGAUGGAAAAGGAAAAAAUGUAUAAGCAUGAGAUCGCUGAACUGAAGCAACGAGUCAGUCGGGGAUACAUGGCGGUAAAAACGCAAGAGAAAAAAACUUCUCAGCGCGAAAUGCAAUUGGAAAGGAAGGUAAAGUCUUUGGAGGAAGAGUUAGAAAAAAUGCGGACUCAGUUAGAGAGGGAAUAUUUGGUUCAAGAAACUAGAAGGGUGAAGACAGCGGAGGAACUUUCGUUGUGGGAGAAGCAAAAAAAAUGGCAGCAAACUGCAGAAAAAUUGCAAGAGAAGUUAAAGGAGAAAACGAACGAGUGUAUCAAGUUAAAUUCGAAUCACGAAAAAUUACGAUCGUUGGUUUCCUGUAUGGAACGCGAAAAGUGGUUUCUAAAGAGUAAAAUAAAAGAGGAAGCAUCAAACGUGUUGAAUGAUAUACCGUCUAGACCGAUCUCAGCUGCGCAUCAGAGUCUCGUGAUUGAUUUACAGAAGGAAUGUCAAACGUUGAGAGAACGUAUCAGCGAAUUGGAGAGGGAAAAUAGUCAUGAAUUAUUAAAGAAAAUAGAAGAGCAAAAGAAUUGUAUAGCUUCGUUGGAAGCUGUCAGUAAGGGCAACGAGUACGUUGUCGACAAAUUACAAAAAUUGGAAACCACCAGGGAUAUUCUCGAAAGAACUAAUUUGAAAUUGGAAAGCGAAAAUUUUGAAUUAAGAUUAGAAAUAGAAAAGGCUAACGCGGAUACGCCACGUUUGCGCGAAAAAGUCGAACAUCUAGAGAGGUACAUCGAGUUGUUGAAAGUAGAGAAAUCAUCGGAUUCGACACCUAGAUCAUCGAGCAAGGAACAUCAGGAAUUCAAUUCCAAAAAACCUGUUUUAGAACUAGAGAAAACGAUCUUUACGUUAAAGAGAAUCGUUGAAAAGUUACAAGCGGAGAACAAGAGGCUAAAGUUUAAUUCGAAAAGAAAUUAUUUUGCAUCUUCUGUUCAGGGAAAGAAAGUUUACAAUGCUAACGAAAAACCUUACGAGAAAUUGUACGAGGAAGCUCAAAAAAAAGUUAUAGACUUGGAAACGGAUUUGCAACUUGCCGAGCAGAGAAUAACGAUGUUGGAGAAAACGCAGAAGGAGGAUGACAACGGCGAGAUUAAUAUAUUGAAACAACAAUUGUCUCAUAAAUCAGAAUUAUUGGAAAAAGUAAAGCAAUUGUUAACGAGGGCAGCGAUAAACGAAAAGACUCUUCGUCAACGACUUCAGCAGUUGGAAUCUAAACAAACUUUGUCACCGAUACCAGAGUGUUACGUAACUGUACCUAAUUUGGAUUGAUAAUAUUAAGAAUAUUGAAAUAUUUCACAGUGAUGAUAUAGAUCUUGAUCAAUAAUUUAUUUUACAUACAGCAAGUUUUACAACGUAUAUAAUUAUGUAUAUAUAUAUGUAUAUGUAUAUAUAUAUAUAAUACAAUGUUUGUUUAUAUAUAUAUAUAUAUACAUAUAAUAUAUGUGUGUGUUAUUACAACGAUAAUUUAUAUAUUUGUACGCGAAGGCGCGUUGGCGAGUGUAAAUACAUCUUUACGAACUAAGCUUUCGAGCAUUAAAGCGAGCUAAGAGUUAAAGUUAACAACUAUCAUUAAUGGGGUUGAUCAUCAUGGAACACACGUGACUAGAUUGUAAAACGCUUUCGCGGAAUAUGUUUCCGUGGCGUUAAUAAAAUUAAUUAACGAAGGAAUAUAUAUUUAUCUCUCUCUGUUUUUGUUUGUUUUUUUCUUGUUGUUGAUAUUCGAUACUUUUUAAGAGAUAUCGGGUUGAUUAAUAAUCUCGUUUAAAUUGAAACAAUUCUGAAGGAAAAUAAUUGACGAGAUUGAACUAUCGUUGAAACGAAUUGUUGCAGCUUCUUCUGGACGGAUAUUAUAUAUGUAUACAUAUAUAUAUAUAUAUAGAGAGAGAGAGAUUCUAAAUAAAUUU